CCUUAUAGUGCGGACUUGGAUAUAGGCCUGUUUAUACGUUUGCAUGUCAAGAUGGCGGACGGCUGUCGAAAGUGCAUGAAAAUAUCAUUGCUGAUUUUCAACCUUGUUUUUCUUGUCGCCGGAGCUGCUGCAAUCGGAUUGGGAGCAUGGGUGAUUUUGAAAACUUCUGACGUCAUCGAGUUGAUUGACCUUGAGACGGCCACAAUAGACAUGGCGGAGAUGUUGCGGAGGGGUGCGUACGCGUUGAUAUCUGUCGGUGUAGUGAUCCUUUUCCUCAGUCUGCUUGGAUUUAUUGGGGCAUGCAAAGAAAGCAAAUGUUUGCUCAUUUUGUACGGUGUCGUUGUGCUUGUCCUGGUUUUAAUACAGCUUUCCGCAAUCAUCCUAGCCGUUUUAUUUCGAGACAAGAUCGAACGGGAACUCAUCUCGUUCCUGAACACGACACUGGUGGACCACUACGAGGGUCAUUUUGAUUCUAAGGAGCCCUUCUCUGUCCUUUGGGACGGUUAUCAGAUUUCGGGUGAGUGCUGCGGAAUUGUCAACCAGGAUGAUUUUCUCUACACUAAAAAGUGGAACCGGAGUUUCCCAUUGCCAAACUCCGUAAUUCCGUUUACAUGCUGCCAGUUUUUGGACACUUCCGUUUACCCCAAUGAGCCCGAUUCCUUACAACCAAAGUCUUUCAACUGUACAGUUUCACCAGAUGAAAACAAUGCCUGGUUGAAUAAGGGUUGUUUUGACACGCUCAAGUCAGAGUUUGGGACGGCCGCUAACUACAUCAUCAUAGGAGGAGCUGUGGUUCUAACAAUACAGCUGAUUGGGGCUAUUUUGGCUUUUGGUCUCACCAGAGCUGUUCAUAACUCACAUAAAAUCGUCUGAGGUUUAUGGAUCAGAUGUUGAAAUCCAAGAUGGCCGCUCAGUUGAGCAGGUACAAGGUGGUUUAAUCCGAAAUGAAAACCUCAAUAUUAUAAGAAGACAAAGCCGCGAUUGGCCAGAUCAAAACUUCACCACAUUCGUGCUGUGGGAAAUAAUGGGUUUUCAAGUUUCCUAUCCAGACAGGAAACGAUAACUCCGUUUUGAUGAUAUCACACUGUGCUGAUUGUAAAUGAUUUCAACCAGGCGGGAGAAAUUCGGCAACCUUAUUUCAUAUGAAGCGAAAGCCUGUAAUAAAAACUAGAUAUUGAGAAUGUUGUAUUUGACGAUAGUUUUAUACAACUCAGAAAACGAAUGGGAUUGUAAACUAUUAAUGAACUCGGACAUAUCAUUGUUUGUUUUCAAGAUACACGGCACAUAUAAUACAGAUUUCCGUGAAUUUAUUUUUCUUCCUAUUCAUAAUUAUUAUUGUAAGAGUUCCUGCACGUUUUACCUUGUACAUUUAUACUGUAUAUACAUUUACAUUCAAAAGUAUGUUAGUGUCUACAAUAUUAAAUCAUUAAAUCAUAUCCCUUAGAUAAGUCCAGUUCAUGGUACAUUCUUCUCCGGCCGUAGGUGAGAAUGUCUGCCAGCAUGGUCGUGGGUUUCCCCCGGGCAUCUACCAUACAGCUGGCCGCCAUCGUAUAGGUGAAACGUUCUUGAGUAUGGCAUAA